UGGUUAUGUGCACCAGCUAAAACAACACAUGAACGAACUUAAGAUAUCACUUCCACGCCAGCAGGAACGAGCGUCAUACAUCCCGCCACAACUGACAGAUUGCACCCACGUCUUCGUCAGGAGAGAGGGUGUACAACGACCACUUCAACCCGCUUAUGAUGGCCCAUUCAAAGUUCUAAAUAGAAACGAUAAAAUUAUCACGAUAGAACGACUGAAUAAAGCAGAAGCCAUCAGUGUCGACAGAGUCAAACCAGCGUUCAUCGAUGAUUUCGAAGCCAACGAUAAAGACCAGCUGAACGACGUGCCAACAGCUACAUCCACGCAAGCUUCAACGUCGCCAGAGAAACCUAUGAAAACUACACGCUCUGGUAGGAGAGUUCAUUGGCCUAAACGUUAUGUGCAAAUCAUCAAAAUAUAACUUACUACGAAUUUUCAUUUUUAUUAUCUUUAUUCGUAAUUGUCAUUUGACUACUCAUUUAACUGAUUGAUAUUUUCAUACGUAAAUCA